AUGUCACUGGCGAGGUCAUUGUUACUACGCAGUGGCAAUGCUGCCACCACCACAGCUGGUCUGAUUAGCGUGUCCUCAAGACCAUUGCUACAAUUGAUCAAUCCUCCUCAACCUAGAUACGGAUCUAAAAAGAAGCGAGACGAAAAGAAGGCUGCUAAGUCCGAUGGAGCUCCAUCGAAAGCAGAUGCGAAACAGUUAGCUCAUCAGAGAGAAAAGGUAUUACUGCGAUUACGCCAGAAGCGUGAAGAGACUAAGAAAGCCACCAAACUACGAGUCGAGGCCAAAAAUGCAUCCAAGUCAUCAAACUUCAUGGAUAUCGAGACUGCGUUACGAUAUUUAAGAGCCGCCGAAGUCGGUAGGUCUGCACAUGCUACUACAAUUUCGCUGACAAUGAGAAUUGUUGCUGAGAAAGGUGCAGUUCCUGUGAACACCAAGUGUCGUCUACCCAAGCCUCUAGACGAGGAACGUAUUGCUGUUUUCACAAACAGUAGUGAGUUAGCAGCCGAGGCUAGAAGAGCAGGUGCUGUUCUUGUAGGAGGAGACGAUAUUAUCGAUCAGGUUAAACAGGGAAUCAUCAACUUCGACAAAGCAUAUGCCACACCAGAUAUUGUGUCGAGACUGAAUCAAGUUGCCCGUAUCCUCGGUCCAAAGGGUUUGAUGCCCAAUGCCAAGAGAGGUACUGUCACUCACGACAUUUAUAAUGCAUUGGUGCAAGCCAGCGGUGAAAUGACGUUCAAACAAGAAGGAACCAUGCUUUCGCUACCAGUUGGCCGAGCCAGUUUCACAGAUCUGGAAAUCGUCAGCAACAUCGUCACUGUCACCGAUGCCAUCCGCAAGUUUAUGACCGAUUCCAGUGCCCACAACAAAAAGGCGUACAUUGGCAAGACCGUCAUCACGUCCACUACCGGCCCAUCCAUUGUAGUCGAGGUAUAA